AUGGAUAAUAAAGAUUUUGGAACAAAUCCUAUUACCUUUGAAACGCUUGAAGAUGAGGAUGUUUAUUAUAGUCAAUUCAUUGAUUUGGAUGCUAUUUCAAAAGAAGAGCCAUUUGAAGUUUUGGAUGAAGACCUGUAUGGUUUCUGGGAUUAA